GUAUUAAAGUACGGAAGGACAAGACUCAGCUGACAGUCAGUGUAAAGAGAUUUGUGAAGAAGCUUGAGAAUAUUUCAGAUGAUGAAGCUCAGGAGAUCCUGGAAGAGAAGAACUACGUUGCUGCUCUUGGAAUAUGUGCCCAAGAUCCAACGGGAAAUGGCUCAAGUGUAAGUGGUGGCGAAGUUUACUCAUUCCAGACUCCCAAACGCUCCAGCAAAAUGGCAGAGCUGGCCUCUGAAUUAGCCCAGACACCAGGACAGAGUGUUGCACCUGAUCACUCUGAGUGCCCUGAGAAGACAGCCAAAACACCUCAAACCAGCAAACGUUCAAAUUCAAACAAAGUGCAGCUAAGGAGUAGAAAGAAAGAAUUUGUGUCUACCACACCUUAUAGACUCAGAAGGAGGAUAGCAGCUCCAGAUCCCUAUUUAGAAAGUGAGAGUGAAUAUUCUGCUUCCUGCUCAGAGGAGGAGGAUGAGGAAGACCAGAAAGAAAUCAGCACUGUUUUAUCAGGUCGAAAGACCCCAGCAAAAACUAAGGCUGCAUCUACACCUCCUCCCAGAAACGCUCUAGUCAAAAAAAUUAAGGAGGACAAGAUGAGCAAUCUGGUGGAGGAAUACUUCGAAGCUCACAGUAGUUCCAAAGUGCUCACUUCAGAUCGAACGCUGCAGAAGUUGCGGAAAAGAAGAUUGAAUCAGCAAACACUGCAUGACCUUUUGAGAAAAGCUCCCCUUGCCUAUGCUGCUGAAAUUAAAGAGCUAAACCAGCAACAUGAAUCCCUGUUUUCCAAGUGGAUGCUGCAAUUACACUUGGGUUUCAAUAUCGUGCUUUAUGGACUGGGCUCAAAGCGUGAUUUGUUAGAGAAGUUUCGUACCUCUGUGCUCCAGAGUUCUGUUCACCUUGUGGUUAAUGGAUACUUCCCCAGCAUCACUGUGAGAUCUAUUCUCAACUCCAUCACAGAAGAGGUGCUGGAGCAUAUAGGGACCUUCCGCAGCCCCCUUGACCAACUUGAAUUCAUCAUUAAAAGGUUUAAAGAAGAUUCAUCUUUAGAGCUCUAUGUCCUCAUUCAUAACCUGGACAGCCAGAUGUUGAGAGGAGAAAGAAGUCAGCAGAUCCUUGCACAGUUAUCCUCUCUGCCUAGCAUUUACAUCAUUGCCUCUAUCGAUCACAUCAAUGCUCCCCUCAUGUGGGAUCAGGCAAAGCUAAGCCUCUACAACUGGCUUUGGUAUGAAACAACCACAUUUAGUCCUUAUGUGGAAGAAACGUCUUAUGAGAACUCGCUUUUAGUACAACAAUCUGGAUCUUUGGCUUUGAGCUCCCUAAUGCAUGUCCUGCGCAGCCUCACUCUCAAUGCCAGGGGGAUAUUCAGACUGCUUGCUCAGUACCAGCUGGACAACAAGGACAACCCAUCUUAUCCAGGGCUGUCUUUCCAAGACUUUUACCAGCAGUGUCGGGAGGCCUUCCUUGUGAACAGUGACCUGACACUUAGGGCACAGCUGACAGAAUUCAGGGAUCACAAGCUCAUCCGGACCAAGCGGGGAGCUGAUGGUGUGGAAUACUUAUUAAUUCCUGUAGAUGACAGUACGUUGACCGACUUCUUAGAGAAAGAGGAUGAAGAUGUAUAACGUCUCUCUGUUCUCAAAGCAUCUACGGCAAUUGCUCUCAAGGGCUGCUGGAGAGGGUCCUAUACUCAGGUCUUUCUCCCUCCAACCCCAAGGCUGCUGGACUACUUACUGAAAUGUAAUAAUUGUAAUGAACGAUGCCUUUUGUUCAACUACUUUAGGUAGUUUGGAAUGAUGAUCUCUGUAAGCAAGGCGUCUCUUGCUCUGUAGUUAGACCUGUCUGCUUUGUCUCUUAGCUCGUAUGAUGCCUUCUUCGUAUCUAUGCAGCCAACCUUACAGCCAGAAAAACAAAGUUGGUAAGAUUGUGCCUUCUGCUCUCUACCUCACCAGACACGAGGGUUUGAUUGGAGCAGUUUACUUGGGAAGUGCAAAUCACUAGAUGGUCAGAGCUUUAGUUUGUACUAGUGGUGCAACUUUUCUCAACUGAGUGCUUUCCAGUACUCCUUUACCAGUUAGACAGGACUAGCUUCUGGUGUAUGAAGAAGCCAAGAUUUAUAAUGCUAAGAGACCUGCCUUGACUGCAUGAG